UGGUUGGGAUGGCGGCAGAUUUGACUCCAAGAUUCCGUAGGAUUCGUAGUAUGGGCGAGUUGAGACCCCGCAGGAGAGGUUAUGCAGGACCGUUCCAGGCCACCCAGCUCUGGAAUAGUAUCAUCCACGCGCUGAAAACAGAAGUGGAGGUGAAGAACCGGAGACAGCAUCUGAGGACUUAUUCCAGCUGUUUCACGGGGUCCGACGCCGUGGACGUUGUAUUGUGUCACCUUAUGCAAAAUAUGUAUUUAAGCAGCCAUGAUAUUUCCCGGAAUAAAGGCGUCCAGCUCUGCCAAGCACUCAUGGAUCACAAAGUAUUUGAACCUGUUGCUUCCAAGCUCUUUAAGAUGGAUACUGAUUUUGUCUUUGAGGACAGCAAUAGCAAUUUUUACAGAUUUAUAGAAUCUAAAAAGAGCACCAACCUCUCAUCUGAAGGAAAAAGUAUUGGAAAAGUUAGGAGACUCUCCAGAUCUGGACAUGCCUCAACAAUAUGUAAUCCAUCAGCUCUGGACACUGCAAAUGAGAAGUUAACCCAGCUGCUUCACUGUAUAUGCGAUCAUCCCAACGUACAUCUAAAUCCUGCCCUCAAUAACUUGACCACCACAGUUUCACAGAAAGAUACUGAAAACAUAUGGAAACAGCAGGUUAUGGUACGGCUUCUUCAGCUAAUCCACAUUCCUGUACUUGAAGACAUUUUGGAACCUCCGAUUAGAACUGAGCACAAAACACACUUUAGUGAUCUUAUUGUUUCCAACACAUUUGUAGACAGAGAAGUCCUGCAAACCAUAAACUUGCCCAAGCUGGAUAGGUGGCUGGCUGCGGCUGUCGAAUGCUUGGAGUAUUUCCCCGAUCAGCAGAUAGUAAUGCUAAGUCAGCAGCUGCCACAGAGCAAUUUUGCAAACGAAGGCCUGGACCUGUAUAAGAAAAUGUUGUUUGAUGUUAUUGCGAAGUAUUACACUCAGGAGAGAGAUCCGUUUUUGGACAGUUGGCUUCUCAAGCUACUUGGGGGAAUUGUUGAACUCCUGGAGCGUGGAAAGGAGACCCCCGCUUUAGAAGCCGUGCAGCUGUACCUGAGGUUACUCGUUCCAAAAGCAAGAGAGGAGUUCCGCAGAUUAGUGCUAUUCAUGGCAACAGCCUCUGACGCUAGUAGCUGCAAACUGCAAAAACAAUUUGAUAACAAGGCAGUGGUGACCAGGACUUUAACCAAAAUACUUUUUCAAAGCCCAGUAAUUUCAAAAGUCCACAGUGAGGAAUUUACUGUGUUUCUGCUGGAAAACUGCAGCGAGCUCUUUAAGACACCCGUUGCUUUACUGGAUCUUAUAAGUACAAAACUGAGGAGUGUGCAGAAUGGUGAAGACCCUGAUACUCACUCAGGCUUCACGUUUUGCCAGUAUUUGACACUUGAGGAGUUUGAAAAACAACGUUAUUACUUCACAACAAGCGAACUGCAGCUUUUAGUUGAGACGAUCAGCCGGGACAAGACAAUCGCAGAGAAGAAGAGGAAGAAAAUGAUGAAAGAUUUCCAGAAGCAUCACCCUUCAGCUUUUAGGAAACAUCCCCUGGACUGAUUCACCCUUGAACGUUUUUUCCAUUUGCACUACGCAAGACGCUAGCUGUGUUUUCAAGGAUUAACUCGCCACGUUGUUCAUGGGACAAUAUUACUUCCACCCGAGGUAAAAAUGUAGGAAACGUGUAACUGUGAGAACGUCUUUUACUUGUAACCUAGGAUGGUAUUUUGUGUGUUCGUGUGAAUUACUACUGAUUUUAGGUGACUUUGGUUCUAGCUGCUACAGCCUUAGGAGAAGGGAUUGUUAGGAAUUCAAGAUUUUGAUUUCUAAAGACUAAUUUAUUUUAGGUGUGUUUGGUUUGUAAAUAUUUACAUUAGGGAUUGUGCAAUUGCCCGCAUUGUAAAAAUACAUAGGCAGAGGUGUAUAUAAUUCAUCUAUAGAUGGUGCUAGCCAAAUUGAUAAAGGUAGAGUUGAAACAAUUCUACAUGUGAG